AUGGCAGAAAACAAGCCUCCUCCAAGACGCCAGCAGGUACCGGCAGCGUCCACCACUCAGGUGCCAACUGUCGGUACAGUCCACAGUUUCAAGCGACUCUUAUCAUAUUCAGACAAUUUAUCGAUUAAUGGACAAACCGCCAACCCCGAAGCACUAUCCGCUGCCGUCACGUCGGACAAGAAAGAGGAAGGCCAUCGCAACUCGGAGAACAUGGUCAAAGCUGCACUAACUGAGCUUCUUAACGAUGAGGAUGUCAAAAAUAAUCCAGCUGGCAACAAAUCCGUACAGAAUCUACUCAUGAAGACCGAGAAAGAGUGGAGAAAACAGCGCAGAAAGACGGUACAUGAGCGCGACCCUGACCAACCUCCGAAGUAG